AUUUCCGCGUUAAGGGUUAUUCUUAACCCAGUUAAGUGUAUGAGGUAUGACAAACAUCUCAUUGAUUCCUUCGAAAUGAAAGCAUCAACAAGAACACAAAAAUUCGUUCUAUAUAGAUAAAAGGCAAUAAAGAAUAUGGAAAACAAAAUGGAGGCAAUGGUCAUUGCUAUGAAACGCACCAUAUAUGAAUUAAAUAAAACUCAAGCAGAAAUAUUGGACAGAAUGACAUCAAAUAGCACGAGUAGAACUUCAAUGCUGGCUGUUGUCUCAAACGAAAUAACACAAUUGGAAGAACAUGUUAGUCGAGUAGAAUCUGACACUCGGUCCAUUGAAUAUACCAACAAUCUUGACAAUGUUACAAAGCAAAUGUCCAACUUGUUGAUGAAAGUUAACAGAUUAAACACACUUGCAGUAAAUCUACAAAAAACGACAGCCUUUGAUGAGAAUAGUGGUAAAGAUGGUUCUACUGUAAUUUUGAGUGAAGAUGAAUCUGUGUGUUUCUCAAAUAUACUAGACAGAAAUGCAUUCGGAAAGAAAGAUAAUAUACCAUCUAGUGAAAAUUGGGAAGAAUUUGAAGAAGAUAAUAUCGAAUAUAGACUAGACAAUGAAUGUUGUAGCGGUGACGCUAAUAUCCACAACCUUUCAAACUAUAUGAAUGGUAGGACAGUACAACUACUGACACACAAUGCAAUAAAUAAUGAAUCCAAUACCAUCCAUAACGAACCUCUUGGAGCACAAAACGAUACGAAAAACAUUAAUAAAUUGAGAGAAGGUAGUGAUAACGUUAAAGUUCAACAGUCUUCACUAUUAAACAACAGCGGAGAUGAAAAUGUCGUAAAUGAAAAUGAAAACGGACAAGACAACCCAUUAUGUACAUUAAACAAGGAAGUUGAUAAUAAAGAUUUACCUGAGAUUGAAAAUUGUAACAUAUCAAAUUCAGAAAGCAGGAUUCAUAAAAAUGAAUCUGGCUAUAAAAGUAAGGGACCGAAAACACAAAACGACAAUCGCGUUAGCUUUCAUAAUAAUCAGGAAAGUUUUAAAGGGGAUAUAGAUAAAAGCCUUCCCAAUAUGGACGUUCAAAUAGAAGAAUCGAUUGUACCCAAUAUAAAACCGACAACACACAAUAGUGUUGACGAAAGACCUAUGAUGACGUCUACAACAUCAUACAAUUCGUCCAGGCGAUCAAGAAGAAGGAGAAGGGAGGAAGACAUAUUUGUUGAACGACUAUUUCAUAGUGAUCAACCCAAAACUUUUAGAGAAUGGUAUCAUCAUUUCAGACAAGUGAAAGUAUAUGCUUCAGUUAGAGUAAGAUCAGGAGUAGUCAACCAGGCAAAUGGACAUGAUGUUAUUUUGGUAAUAGAUACAUCUGAACGUAUGUCAGAGUAUUUCCAACAGUUGAAAUCAGCUGCUUUACAGUAUGUUUACGGAAUUAAACAACUUUCAGAAUGUGGCGGGAUGGAAAAUGGAAUUGGUUUAGCAGUCUUUGGACAACAAACAAGACUUAUACAAGAAGCAACAAAUGAUUAUGAAUUAGUUAUGGAAUUGAUUGGAAAGCUAAGGCCAGAUGGAGAUGCACCUGUCUUAGCAGGACUUCUAAUGGGUUACGCUGGUGUUUCGUCGUGUAAGUAUCAAUUGUGCUUAUUACCUAGCAGUACCAGAAACGUUCCGAUACAAGCAAAUAUGAUUGUUUUCACUAAUGGAUCGUCAGAACAGUGUAAAGUUUUACCAGAAGAUGAACAAAUUUCUAAUUUGGAUUUGAGGAAUCUUCCAGUACCAUCUGAUAUUAAUGCAGUCAUUGACGAAAUUACUGCUUCCAGUACAAAGAUAUAUUAUGUACCUAUUGGCAGACAUCAGUGCAACAAUAUUUUAGAACAUGCUGUAAGACAGACAAAUGGUAAAAUGAUUCAAGUAAAUGAAAUGAACCGCUUGAUCAAUAUGACACAAGUUAUGCUACUGGCUAUAGGCAUAGCAGCUGAUUUGCGCUAUUCAGAAAAUCAAAGCAGAGAAGUCAUCAGGAUGAAAAUAUCAGAUGCAUCAAAUUUUCAUGAUAUCAAUGAAGACUGUUUAGAUAUGGUAAUAGAAUUCAGCAACCCUUUAAAGUUUUGUAAUAUGCGAGGUGAAUUUGUGGAGUUAAAGUUUAACACACUCAAACUAGGAGAUAGAGUAAGACGAGGACCGUAUUGUAGAUGCAAAAGUGAUGAUUUAGGUCUUGCAGGAACAGUCAUUGGACAAGAUCGAGACGGCGAUGUACUGGUAGAAUGGGAUCAUGGAUUAGUAUGUCCUUAUGACUAUGUUGAUGAAAGGGAUGUACAACAUAUAGUAAAAGUCAAUGAAGUUAGAAUGCUGGUCGAUGAACUGAUUGCAGUUGGUUGUAGAGUUGUCAGAGGCCAGGAUUGGAAAUAUGGAGAUCUCGAUGGAGGCAAAGGAAAGUUAGGAACAGUAUUGGGUAUACCAGCAGAAGGAAAAGCAGUGGUAAGAUGGGACAGACAAAAUAUAGGCAUAUAUAAAAUGGGAUGUGAGGGACUUUUUGAGCUAAAGUUGUGUGAUACACUUUCAAGUAAUAGCAGUACAAUACAGAAUGAGGAAACUGAUAAUUAUCACAAUACCGGACAAUGGUUAAGGAAAAGAGAAAGUGUCAAACACCAAAAUGCUUUAAAUACAAUCAAAACAAAUGAAUGUGAUCCAGAGGAUUACCUUAUUCCUAUAUAUUCAGAUGUAGCAGUCAGCGCUAUUUGGGAAUACCAGAGAGUUUCUAAGUGGAGAAAAUAUCCUUCCGGAAUAAAUGUAAAGAUUGAAAAAGCAUUUCAAAGGAAGAAAUCAGGGAAAAUCAUUAUCGAAAUGGAUCGCACAACAUAUAUUAUCCAUUUUUCGAGAAUGGUACAAGAAAAUUUUAAAAAUAAGACUAUACUGGCUGUUAGGAGGAAAGAUUGAAAUUUACGCUUACAAUGAACUAUACUUCUUCAUAUGUACAUGAUGUAUGCUACCAGUCCAAAUUAAAGUACAGCAGUUAAUGUUAUUUAGAUUGAAAAAAAAUAUUUAGGUGUAUUGCGUUGGUAUAGA